AUGUCCGCUGGCACCCAGGGCGAGAUUCGGGUCGGUCCAUCGCACCAGGAAUUGGUUUCUUGUCAGGCCCGUUUGCCUGAUUACCGGCCUGGUGUGCCAUCAGCAGACCUACCACCAGAUCCAGAGUUCACUAAACAAAGAGAAGAAUUAAGAUGGAUCCCAGCGAUGUCACUGGACGGCGAUCUGCUCAUGUACUUAAGAGCAGCACGUUCAAUGGCCGCGUUUGCUGGUAUGUGUGAUGGAGGUUCACCAGAUGAUGGUUGCGUCGCAGCAUCCCGAGACGACACGACUAUCAACGCACUUGAUAUACUCCACGACUCUGGAUAUGAUCCAGGACGAGCACUUCAAGCUCUUGUCAAAUGUCCAGUGCCCAAAGGCAUCGAUAAAAAAUGGUCCGAGGAAGAAACUAAACGAUUUGUCAAAGGUCUCCGUCAAUUUGGAAAAAAUUUUUCACGUAUACGUAAAGAUUUAUUACCCCACAAAGAUACACCAGAAUUGGUUGAAUAUUAUUAUUUAUGGAAAAAGACACCAGGUGCAAACAAUAAUCGUCCCCAUAGACGUCGACGUCAAGGUUCAUUACGACGUAUACGAAAUACACGUAACUCACGUGCGGGUACUCCCAAAGAGGAGACACCCACUGUUCAAACUAAAGAAAAUAAUAUACCAGCAAACACGACGAGUGCUAAGGAAGCAACUACCGAGCCAGAAACACCGUCUGUCGGUGCUUCGGCAAGUAGUAACAAUAAUAAUAGUACAAGUACUAAUAAUAACAAUAACAAUAAUAACAAUAACAAUCCGGGCGGUGAAGUUAGUUCUGUGACAGAGGACGAUAAUUCUGAAGAAGACAGUGAUUCACGUGAUACAAAUACCAACGGUUCAGCAUUUGAACGUUCUUGUCAGCAUUGUUUUUCGACAACCUCUAAAGAUUAUCAGAUUGCUGGUAAAGAUAGAUUAUUACUUUGUCUGGAAUGUCGAUCGUACUUGAAAAAAACAGGAGAACUACCUCCACCGCCGCCUUAUCUAUUUCGACCCGUUCCCGCGGAGUCACCGGACAGUCCCGGUAGAAUGCGGACACGUAAUAAAGCUAAAGAAACUCCACGUCCAGCACGGCCACGCAGAACUGGGGGUACUGAUACUCCGGAUCAAGAGAAACAGCAGCAACAACAAAAUCAACAACAGACACCAGACAAGAAAAAGAAGUCGAAUAAAUCUGAGACACCGAAGAAAACUCAAAAGAGGCCACAGAUUGAUGAAAACGACGAAGAUAAAGAUCAACAGAAACGUAAACGUGCUGAAAGCCCAUCAGAAUCACUAACGACCGAUUCAAACUCGCUGAUGGAUGAACCAGAGCGCGAAAACGAAGUUGAUUCUAAUGAGAAUCAACCUUCCUCAAAUGUCCCGGUGGUUAAUGAAGAACCCAUUUCUCCUGAAGCAACACCUGAAGAACCCUCAGAACCUACCCCAGCAUCUACUCCUAUUCCUCCACCUGUUAUUGCAACCCUACCUAUUAAUAUUCCUGUUAUUCAUGUGCUAGAGAAAAAACCAGUUGUUGAAGAAUCACCGCUUGAGAUUAAAACAGAACCUGAAGACUUGGUUAAUCAGCAACAACAGCAGCAGCAACAAAUGCAACAACAACAACAACAACAACAGCUGCAGCAGCAGCAACAGCAUCAUCAACAACAGCAGCAACCACAACAACAGCAACCACCUCAACAACAGCAGCCACCAUUGCAACAGCCACUACCCCCACCACAGCAGCCACAACAACAACAGCAACAGCAGCAACAGCAGCAGCAGCAGCAACAACAACAACAAAUCCAACAACAGCAACAACCACCGCACCAACAACCAGUUCCAUUAAAAUUGGAACCACUUCCAACAGAAACUGAAAUGUCUCCAGUAAAUGAGGAAAUAAAAACGGAACCUGAUUCACAGCCUCAAAAUUUAAAUAUUAAUCAUCAUCAACAACAACAACAACAACAACAACAACAACCGCAGCAGCAACAACAACAGCAUCAGCAGCAGCAACAACAACAACAGCCGCAACCACAACAGCAACAGCAUCAGCAGCAACAACAACAACAACAACAACAACAACAACAACAACAACAACAACAGCUACCACAACAACAACAACAACAACAGCAACAACAACAACAACAACAACAACAACAACAACAACAACAACAACAACAACAGCAGCAACUACCACAGCAGCAGCAGCAACAACAACCAAUGAUAAAUGACUUAAGUCAAAAUAUACCUCGAAAUUUAUCACAACCAAUGAGUAAUCCUUUAAUUAUUCCUCAAAGUAUGCCUACAGCGUUGCCACCACCACCACCCAGUCAAUUACCACCUCAACCUCCUCAGGGUCUUCCUCUUAAUAUGCAAUACUCAGGUAGUAUACAAGCCGCUCAAACGGUACCACAAAAUCUAUCGCAAAAUCUAUCGAUACCACAAAAUAUUCCACAACCAAUAGCUCAAAGCUUAGUGGCGUCGCGUGAUAUGAUUCAACCGCCAAUAACGAAUCAUGAACCACAGCCUUUAGCUCCGAGUAUACCUGUUCCGCCGUUGAAUUUAAAUAUACCACAGAAUUUAUCUCAAAUGUCGCAAAUGCCACCUUCACCGCAACCACUGGGUCUUACAGUAAUGCCCACUGAUAAUCGAAUUAACGAGCGACUCAACGACGAAAGAAUACCUGAGCGUAAAUUGUUCGAUCGUAUAGCUGACAGAAUACCCGAAAGAAUGGAAAAUAAUGAUCAUCAUCAUCAUCAUCCUCACCAUCAUCAUCAACAACAACAACAAGAGCAUCAGGAUCGUCCGCCGCCAGAACCGGUUAAUCUUUUCCAGCCAAUUCAGCCCCCGCCGCCAAUGAUUAACGAGAAACCGCCAGCUAUCUACAGUCUUGCCACAACACCGCCUAUGGAACCGCAGAACUUGAAAAUAAAACAAGAAAUCAUUCAUCCAGAACCUGAUCCUCUUCAGAGUUUAAAAGAGGUUAAAGUUCCCGGGUUUCAAGGUGGUUUUCCAGGCCCAAGCUUGGACAAUAUCAAAAAGGAUCCAGAUGCCAGUAAACCACCGACACCGAGUAAGCACUCGAGUCAGCCAACUUUGGCCCAGCAGCAACAGCAGCAGCAGCAGCAGCAACCUCCUGUACCAAUACAACAGUCAAUAGCAGCAUCACCAACUCCACUACCUCCUCCCACGUCAAUUCCUCAGCCUGUAAUGCAUCCAAGUCAGCAACCGAGCCCUCACAUGGCUCAUCCAUUCCAUCCGCACCAUCCUCUAAUGCACCAUUCACUUUUUGCCGCAAUGCAUCCGUAUCAUGCACACGCUUAUCCCGGGUACCCACCAGUCAGUGGGUACCCGUCUUUUCCACCUUACCCAUACGGACCGCCAGUUCCUCAUGCCAUUCCACCGCCAUCGCCUCAGCGUAGCCAAGAAAGUACGACGAUGAUGACUGCUCAUCACUCCAGCUCGAGUUCCAGUGUGACAACAAGAGAGGAAGGUGAGAAUUUGAUAGCAACUCAUCAUCACUCCUCGUCGAGUCAUCAUCAAGCUGCAACGCUGCAUCACGACAAACUACUGAGUAUUUCUUCCCACUCGUCGCACAGUCACUCGUCUUCGUCGCACAGUAGUUCACAGCACAAUAGUCAGCGUAAACAGCAGCAGCAACCACCACCCCAGAUGGUACAGCAGCAGGGUUGUUUGACGCCCUCGAGCACGAUGCACCACCACCAUCGUGGACCUCCGUCUUCCGUGCCACAAAAUAUACAACAGCCGCCAAUUAUCGAGCCUAAAGUUGAGGAAAUGAUGGAACCAGAGCCAGAAGAGCCACCAAGUCCCCGGGGGCCUUCGCCUGAGCCACGCAUCGAAGAUUCCGAGUGUCAUCGGUCACAAUCCGCGAUAUUUUUACGUCACUGGAAUCGCGGUGAAAAUAACAGCUGUACGCGUACUGACCUUACCUUCAAACCAGUGCCUGAGACAAAAUUAGCUCGUAAGCGAGAGGAGCGCUCGCGCAAGCAGGCUGAACGCGAACGCGAGGAACGGGAUCGUGCGGCGCAACAAGCUCGGAAAAUGUCUACGCCGGAAAAACAGCCGGAGGCUUGCAAGCCUCCAAGCCGAGGACCAAUGGAACCUGUCGUUUCGCCCUACGACAGGUAUGCAGCGCAACGUCCUACUGCCUACACAGACACUCCGGCUUUGAGACAAUUGUCGGAAUAUGCGCGUCCACAUGCUGGUUACUCCCCGGCAAGACAUCCUGGACCUCCGGAGUCUUUGAUGCACUAUAUGUAUGCACCUGGUGCUAGGGAGAGACUCGAACUUGAACACAUGGAACGUGAAAAACGGGAACGAGAAUUGAGGGAGUUGAGAGAGCGGGAUCUUAAUGAUAGAUUAAAAGAAGAGUUGAUGAAAGGAGCGCCCAGGCCUAUGCCAGGAGGCGUUGAUCCUCAUUGGUUGGAAUUACACAGAAGAUACGGAGGUCUAGGACCUGGACCUUCUGGGCCACCUCAGAGUCUUCAGCAUCUUAGUUUUUAUGGUGCACCACCUGGUCCAAGUCAAUUAGACCGUGAACGGAUGGAAAGAUUAGGUAAUUAUAGCGAUGAUUUUGUUUUUAAUACAUCAUUGUCGUUUAUGUCGUUGUAA